AUGGAGAAAAGAGAGGAACACAACUCAAACUACUUCGUCGAAAGCCCUUCAUCGGGUUUCCACGACCCGGAAUCCGAAUUCCAGUCCCCAUCUCGAUCUGACUCAGCGUUAUUGGUCGUAGCCUGCGUUGACGAAUUCCCAAGGUACGAAGAUUUGUUGAGAUACUCUGAAAACAAGUGCGUGUAUAAUGAGGAUGAUGAGAAGAUGUCGAUGCCAUUACCGAGCCCCGAUUCGGGUUGGUGGAUCGUUCUGCAAAUAUCGUGGAGAUUCUUGUUUAGCUUUGGAGUUGCAUUGCUUGUCUUCUACAUUGCUACUCAGCCUCCUCAUCCUAACAUUUCUCUUCGAAUUGGAAGGAUUAAUCAGUUCCUAUUAGAAGAAGGCGUGGAUUCACAUGGAGUGUCGUCUAUGUUCCUCACUAGCAAUUGCUCUGUCGAGCUCAUAGUAGAUAACAAGUCUAAUGUCUUUGGCCUUCACAUUCAUCCUCCAUCUAUCAAAUUCUUCUUUGGCCCCUUCAACUUUGCAAAAGCACACGGAACGAAACUAUAUGCGUCGAGUCAUGAGUCGACAACAUUUCAGUUAUACAUUGGAACAAAGAACCGGGCCAUGUAUGGGGCGGGAAGAGAGAUGGAGGACAUGCUUCAAUCGAAAGCUGGAUUGCCCCUAAUACUAAGGAUGAAUAUAAUCUCCGAUUUUCGAGUUGUGUGGAAUAUUAUAAACCCUAAGUACCAUCACAAUGUUGAGUGUUUACUAUUUCUUUCUUUCAACGAGAAGCACGACCAAGUUACAGUGGUAAGAGAAAAAUGUAGAUUGGUCUCUUAA